AAUCCCUUUUUUCUCACACAGCCUUGGGGCUUUUCUUCCUUCUCACACACACACACUCACAGGAGCUCAGGUGUGUCUUUACAAGCUUCAACUUUCAGAGUUAUUACCGCACAAUCCAUGGCUGGCAGCUACAGGAACGCGCCCCACAAGCCCAAGACCACAACAUACUGAGAUUAUCAGAAGAAGACCCUGUCUAAUGAACUUCAAACUCUACAUUCUGGUGAGUAAUAUCGGACUAUGAUGGAUCUUUGGUAGAAGUCGAAGCUGUUCAGUCAAGUCCCCAACCACAUGCUAUUUGUCUUCAUAUCUGCUAAGGUCCAGCUAUGCAGAUCCGAUUGGAGACAUCAGCGUUCCUGCUUCUCUUGAUAUCAGCUCCAGUCCGCCUCCAGGACCAAUGUGUGGGGAAUUCAUGUUAUCCUAACCUCGGUGACCUCAUGGUGGGUCGUGCCGCCCAACUCACUGCUUCUUCAACCUGUGGCCUCUACAGACCACAAAACUAUUGUAUCCUGGGAUACCUGGAGAAUGAACGCAAGUGCUUCACCUGUGACUCCAGGAGCCCCUACAAUCUCCACCACAAUCCCAACAGCCACCGCAUAGAAAACAUCAUCACAACCUUCCAACCUGAACGUAAGAUGAGCUGGUGGCAGUCUGAGAAUGGUGUGCAUGAAGUCAGCAUUCGGUUGGAUUUGGAAUCAAUGUUUCAGUUUAGUCAUUUGAUAUUGACAUUCAAGAGUUUCCGUCCUGCUGCCAUGUUGGUCGAGAGGUCAAAAGACUUCGGGAGAACCUGGAAGGUUUUCCGUUAUUUCGCGGAGGACUGUGCCAACUCAUUCCCCGGCAUUUCUGAGGAGCCAGCAGACAGUAUUGAUGACCUCAUAUGUGACAGACGCUACUCUGGGGCAGAGCCAUCCACCGAUGGAGAGGUGGUGUUAAAAGCCUUGGAUCCCACUUUUGACAUCCACGAUCCAUACGACCCUACUAUACAAGAACUAAUUACCCUGACGAACCUGCGAGUAAACUUUACCCGUUUGAUCACCCUGGGUGACACGGUGCUCACACGACGGAGGAGGAACCCACAGGAUAAGUACUAUUAUGCCCUCUAUGAGAUGGUCGUUCGGGGGAGCUGCUUCUGCAAUGGCCAUGCCAGUCAGUGUGUUCCCGUGGAUGGCACACGUGGAGAUACCUUCAGUGAGCCUGGCAUGGUGCACGGUAGAUGUAUUUGCCAACACAACACCGCAGGGAACAACUGUGAGUGCUGUCAAGACUUCUACCAUGAUGCCCCCUGGAGGCCAGGUGGAAAAACAGACUCCGAUGUUUGCAGAAGAUGUAACUGCCAUGGCCAUUCAGAGAAGUGUCACUUUGACCUAGCACGCUAUCUGGCCACUGGUGGGAUUAGUGGUGGUGUGUGUGAUGACUGCAGGAACAACCGUGGUGGAUUUCAGUGUGAGCUGUGUGGGCCGUAUUACUACCAGGACCCUCAACGCUCUGUGGAUGACCCCAACGCUUGUAUACCUUGUGAAUGUGAUCCUGAUGGCUCAGUGGACCGUGGUCUGUGUGAUCCAGUGACUGGCCAAUGUGUGUGUAAACAGAACGUUGAAGGAGAGCGCUGUGACCGCUGCAAGUUUGGGUUCUAUGGGUUCAAUCGGGACGAUCCUAGUGGCUGUCAGUUGUGCAGGUGUAAUUUCAUGGGAACGAUACGCACAGACAACCCUUGUGAUCAGAACACAGGAAUGUGUAUUUGUGAACACUUUGCUUACGGCCCACAGUGUGACCAGUGUCUGCCAGGUUACUGGGGUCUGGGAAACACAGUCUAUGGCUGCUUACCCUGCGACUGUGACAUUGGAGGGGCCCUGAGAACUGAAUGUUCCUCAGUGGAUGGCCAGUGUGAAUGCAAGCCUAACAUGGUGGGCAACAAAUGCAGUGAUCCAGCCCCUGGAUAUUUCCUGGCUCCUCUUGAUUUCUAUAUCUAUGAGGCUGAGAACGCAGCACCUCUGGUGACAGUUUCUCCAUUUAUUCAGCCCACUACAGUCUACAUACCUGAACGACCAACAAAGCUCCCUCUAUGUCCCCCGGCUCCGAAACCUUCCCCAACACCUCAUAAAGAAACUGAACCCCCAACGAUGAACCCCCAUGUCACCCUGCCCAUCUGUGAGCACUACUACAGACAAAGGGGUUAUGACUUUAAGAUCAGUAAUGGAAGGGUUGUGCUGGUCAAGCCUGAGAAACGGCGAAGACGAAGACGAAGACAAGGCCAGAGGACAAUCCCCUUUGAACCAGGCUCACCUCUUCAGAUCAUCCUGCGACAACGUGUCUCUGAUCGGUCAGUCACUUGGACUGGACCGGGUUUUGUGAGAGUUCAGGAUGGGGCAGGACUCAGAUUUACUGUCAGCAAUAUACCAGCAACUCUUGACUACUAUGUAGUUGUCCGCUAUGAACCAGAGUCCACCGAUGAUUGGACAGCUAUUGUGAAUGUUGUAUCACUUGGAUCAGGGGAUGGACGUUGUCCAAAAGAACCAUCCAACAAAAUGUUUACUCUUUCAGGCUCUGGAAGGACAGCCACUCUGGAUCUUCCAGUGUGCCUCAAUGAUGGUAACCAAUACCACGUGGACGUUACUUUUAGAAAGCAGUACAAUGCCGGCUAUGAGACCAGCUCAUAUAUCCUGAUUGAUUCUGUAGGCCUCAUUCCCAAAGUGGACUCCCUCCCAAACUUCUGUUCACAGUCAUAUCUAGCUCAGUUUCAGCAAUACCGCUGUAUUGAGUUGGGAGCACAGGCAGGAGAGCAAACCCUCCCAGAAGUAUGUGAGAAGCUUAUUGGAAGCAUGUCUGCCUUUAUUCACAAUGGUGCAGUGUCUUGCAACUGUCAUCACAUUGGAGCAUUUAGCUCAUCAUGCAGUAAAUUCGGUGGACAGUGUCAAUGCAAACCUAACGUUAUUGGCCGUUGCUGUGAUUCCUGUGCUCCUUUGACAUACGGACUUGGACCCAAUGGCUGCUCAACAUGUGACUGUGAUCCGUCUGGCUCUACCGCUGAACUGUGUGACCAGACAACUGGUCAGUGCUCGUGUCGAGAUGGAGUAACUGGCCGGCGCUGUGAUAAAUGUUACCCUGGAUACUAUGGGUUUCCCCUGUGCAGACGUUGCCAAUGCAACAGGUUGGCUGACAUCUGUGACCCCAUCACUGGAGACUGUUUGAACUGCAGGGAACACUCCACGGGACCCCACUGUGAAAGGUGUAAAGAUGGUUAUGUUGGAGACCCGGUCUCUGGGCAGCCAUGUGAGCCAUGCUUAUGUCCAGAUAUGAAUGGAAGUGGACGCUUCUUUGCCAUUUACUGCAACAAUGACCCAUACUCUGGAGCCACAAACUGUGAAUGUCUGCCUGGACAUACAGGUCUACACUGCGACUCCUGUGCUCCUGGUUACUACGGUGACUUAAGGUUACCAGGUGGCCGAUGUGAGGAGUGCUGUUGCAACAAUAACAUUAAUCCUCGAGAUGGUAAUGCAUGUGAUGCUGUAACUGGCGAGUGUUUGCGCUGCUUAUACAACACAGAUGGGCCGCACUGUCAGAGCUGCAAAAUCGGAUACUAUGGCAAUGCACUCGCUCAAGACUGCAAAGAGUGCUCUUGUGACCAGAGGGGCACAGAUGACACAAAGUGUCCAGCUGGAAGCCCCUGUUUCUGCGACCAGGAAACUGGCCAGUGCCCAUGUCGCACAGGUGUCAAUGGAGCUCUUUGUAAUGAGUGUGAGGAUGGAUACUGGAACCUGGAUGGGGAGUCUGGGUGCGAGCCCUGCAACUGUGACCCAGAACAUGCUCUUGAUUACGUCUGUGACAAGAUCACAGGCCAGUGUUUCUGCCAGCCAGAGUAUGGAGGCAGAAAAUGUGAUGAGUGUGGGCCGAAUCACUUUGGAAACCCAGAUAUACAGUGCAUGUCUUGUGACUGUAACAUGGAGGGCACCAUUUUUCCAGCUUGCGACACUUUCACGGGUGAGUGUUUGUGUAAGCCAGGGGUGACAGGCCCUUUCUGUGAUGACUGCGCCCCGGGUCACGACACCAACUUUCCUGCUUGCAAACCCUGCCAUGCCUGCUAUCACCUCUGGGAGAAAAUCAUCUCAGAUGUUAGACUAGAUACUAAAAGGAUAGAAACUGUGAUACCUUGCCCUGAAGACUUUCGGCCUAGACCUGAUCUACAACGCUUACAGGAUUUGUUGGAGAAGCUGCAGAGUCUGCUUAACAUGACCGCUCAGGAUGAGCUUAAAAAACUAGAGGAGCUCUUGGCACGCAUUAGGAAUGAAAUGGAGACCAUUGACCCAAAAAUAAUCAUUAUUGAUCCAACCAUACUUCUCAACACUGACAUCGACAACAUCCACCUGGAGUUCAAUAGGCUGUUGAGGAAUCUCAGAGAGAAGACAAAAGAGGUUCCAGUGACAGACGUAAAAGCUAAAGAUAUUUUAAAUAAGAUCAAAAAGCUCUAUGAUGAGUUCAAUGACAGCGAGAUGAAAGUGGAAGCGGCUAAAAAGGUUCUAGAAGCCUCCAGGAAGACGAGAGAGAAUGUCACAUUGGAACUUGCUAAGUGUCGCAUAGGAGAAAUGGAUAAGCUGGAGAGGAACCUAAACGCUCUGAGUGUUGCCAACCUCAACAAGGAGGUCUGUGGGGCUCCAGGUGAUACAGAAUGUGAGAAAGCAAAAUGUGGUGGAGCUUUGUGUGGGGUAUGCGGGGGGCCGGCCUGUACGGGGAGUUUACCCACCAGCCUCGAUGCCUCCAAACUGGCAGAGAUGACCAAGAUGAACAUCACUGCUCUGCAAAGUAAACUCAAAGAAGAUGAUGCUAAGCUCAUGAACAUCUCAAAACUGACUAAUUACAUCAAAGAUCAAGCAGAGAACCUGACGAAUAAAAUUAAUCAGACUAAGAACAAAUAUGAGAUGGAAAAGACUGACACCAAGAACCUCAUAGAGAAGAUUAAGAACUACCUAAGAGAUGAGAUGGUGAAGCCAGAGGACAUUGAGAAACUGGCCAAUGCUGUGUUGUCCAUUCACCUGCCCAAGUCCCCUGAUGAGAUCAAGGACAUGAUUGAGAACAUCAAGGGGAUCCUGGCAAACUUCACAGACUUCAACGAUGAUCUAGAACACUUGGAAAAACAAGCCAAAAUAGCUGAAAACCUGAAGGAGAGGGCCAGAGAAAUUUUGAACAGAACCAAGGCAAUCGAUGUGAGGGAGAUAGAGAAAGCACUUGUUGAUACAGCAGAGCUCAAUGACAAGAUAGCCAAUGAUCUGGAAAAGGCUAAAGAAAACAAUGAUGUUAUCAGUAGCAAAGUUAAUGAGACGGAACCUAAACUGAAAAACAUUGAGGAUAAUUUGAAUUCGACUCGCGCCAAAAAAUUACUGGAUGAAAUCGAGGCCUUGAAGAAUAAGACAGAGAUGAACAGGGCUCAGGGGAAGGAGGCCAAAGAUGCUGCCAAUGCAGCUCUCGCCAGUGCCAAAGAUGCCGACAAAGAUCUCGAAGAACUGAAAGAGCAGUUUGAAAAAUUAAAACUGAAUAGCACCAACCAGAAUAUUAAUGAAGAAGCUAAUGAACGUCUAAAGAACAUCACAAUGGAGGCAGAAACGCUGGCUAAAUAUGUGGAAGAUAAAAUGAAGAACAUUGAAGAGUUGGAGAAAAGGAUUCUGGUUGCAAAUGAAAGAAAAGAGGAAAGGAUGAAAGAUUUAGAGGCACUCCAGAAGGAGGCAGAUGAUUUGAAGAACUUUAUAGUUGACAAAGUGGAUAAAUACGGUCUGUGCUCCACUUAAGCCUGCAAGGGCUUCCCUUCCUCAAAAUUAGAGGAAGCAUUUUAGUGUUUGCCAUGGGAGAAUGCUGAAGGCAAUGCAGUGCAAAACUGCCUCUGAACAGGACUAAGGGAUAAAUGCGGUCUCAUCAUGCACCAGAAAUGCCUUCUGGUAAUAUCCUGGAUCUGUUUUAUUAAUCUUUUGUUUUUCUUUAUUUUUUUAGUAUAUUUUUAGUAAAUUAUGGUCCAGUCCUGUGUUUGGCAAUGUCUUAUAGAGAAUGUAUAACCCUGACUGUCCACUAGGGGACGCAAGAGUAAAAUUAAAAAUAAAACGUCACACAAGUA